AUGUUCAAAGGCAAGACACUUGGGUUUCCGACCGAGCGCCGACCAGCGUCGUUCAGAAAACAAUUGUCGACCGUUGAUCAGAAGACCAUCAACGAAUGGAUGUCAUCCAUGGAACCAAUGCUCGGCAAUCUAGUGGUCACGGAAGCUCAGCGAAAUAAGGACCAAGGAACUCGCGCAGCUAGCAAACAAACCUUCUGUGCCCCGGGGAACAGAGUCCGUGCAAGUUUGAAAGACGGAUCGAAGCUCAUCGCGGCCACUCCACUUUCCAGUCCGGAAGACGCAACCACGUUCAGAUCACGGCAAUUACCAGCCGCCGAAGCCCCGGACUCAGACUCUCAGGCAGAGGAAGUCCAACCAGAACCAGCAGAACCACCGGCAGCAGAACAGGUUGAGAUCCUCGACGCCGCCGACGCUGGCGACGCCGAGACAAUUCACAGCUACCACACCCUCGACGCCCACCUCGUGCCCCUGGCCCCGGCGCGCAUGGAGGAGCUGGUCCGACGAUCUCUCCACGUUGUUAUUACGCGCUUCGACCCGCUUACUCUCGCGGCUCAGCUCAACUUAGACCUAGCCACUAACACCACCGCGAACAGCACGGUAAUCAGCCUAGGCUUACUCUCGGGGUUCUACGAAAUCAGGAAGGCCGGCCUACUCAUACACCAGUGCAGCAGCGACGCUUUCCGGCUUAGCAUGUUUAACAAUAUUAAGGCCUUCCACUAG